AUGAAUUCAAUAUCCGUUAUUGUUACUACCCUCCUGAGCCUGUCAAAAGCAGAUGAACCGCAGCAUAUAUAUGUUGAUAUGUUGGUGACAGGAAAGAGGAAAGCAAAAGCAAAAAACAAGGCACAGCGAGAGGCUGAAACAGUAUCCGGAGAAGAAAAAGAAGGCUUUGGACAUGGUAUGGUAUGGCAAUGGCAAUGGCACAUGGGAUAUAUCCAUCUUGAGCAGCACUGCUGGGCUGGGCUGGGCUGGGGAGGCAGAUUCAAGCUUGCUUCACGAUCGUUAUUUUGUUUCGUUACCUCUUCUUGCUCUUUGCUUCGACCAGACUAA